CCAGGGGGCGGGGCCAAGAUGGCGCCGAGCGCCGGGUGAGCGGCGCUUUGGCAGCGGUGAGAGGCUUUUACUGCUCCCAGUGCUUGGCUGGCGGGGGAAGGUCUGAGGUGUAUCCGGGAGGAGACCCUUUUGAAAGGGCCCAUGUGAGAACUGGGAAGAGGACGGUUGGUUGUGUGUCCGCGCUCGUGGGGACUCUGCGUGUUUGCACUGGAAGGAGGUUGGGGAGAUGGAGUGGAUUGUGAACCUCCUGUAGCGCUGCCCGGGGAAAUCUUCGAAUCAGUUCUCUCUGAGGAAAAUGGUGCACAGAUCUAGCUCAAGCUGUCUGCCCUCUGAGAAGUCUUCCUGUCGCUUCCACUGAGACGCUCCUGAGGCUGUUAAGAGUGUUUUAUGAACCCUUAGUGACAGAGGGUACCGCAGGGGACUGGGUCACGACUACUUCUUGUAUACCUGACACCAGUGGCUCCAUCUCUCUACCCUGGGGUGGCAUCCUUCCAGGGGCAAGAGUUGGAAUUCCAGCAUGGCCGAGGAGAAGAAGCUAAAACUCAGCAAUACUGUGUUGCCCUCUGAGUCCAUGAAGGUGGUGGCAGAAUCCAUGGGCAUUGCUCAGAUUCAGGAGGAGACUUGCCAGCUACUGACAGAUGAGGUCAGCUACCGCAUCAAGGAGAUCGCACAGGAUGCUUUGAAGUUCAUGCAUAUGGGGAAGCGACAGAAGCUCACUACCAGUGACAUUGACUAUGCAUUGAAAUUAAAGAAUGUGGAGCCACUGUAUGGCUUCCAUGCUCAGGAGUUCAUCCCUUUCCGUUUUGCCUCUGGUGGGGGCCGGGAGCUCUAUUUCUAUGAGGAGAAGGAAGUGGACCUGAGCGAUAUCAUCAACACCCCUCUGCCUCGGGUGCCUCUGGAUGUCUGCCUCAAAGCACAUUGGCUGAGCAUUGAAGGCUGCCAGCCAGCUAUACCAGAGAAUCCACCUCCAGCUCCCAAAGAGCAGCAGAAGGCUGAGGCCACAGAACCCCUGAAGUCAGCAAAGCCAGGCCAAGAAGAAGAUGGACCCCUGAAAGGCAAAGGUCAAGGGGCAGCUGCAGCUGAUGCCAAAGGCAAAGAGAAGAAAGCACCUCCCUUGCUGGAGGGAGCCCCUUUCCGCCUGAAGCCCCGCAGCAUCCACGAGCUGUCUGUGGAACAGCAGCUGUAUUACAAGGAGAUCACAGAAGCCUGUGUGGGAUCCUGUGAGGCCAAGAGAGCGGAAGCUCUGCAGAGCAUUGCCACGGACCCGGGACUCUAUCAGAUGCUACCACGCUUCAGUACCUUCAUCUCCGAGGGGGUCCGUGUGAAUGUAGUUCAGAACAACCUGGCCUUGCUCAUUUACCUGAUGCGCAUGGUGAAGGCCCUGAUGGACAACCCCACGCUGUAUCUAGAGAAAUAUGUGCACGAGCUGAUCCCAGCAGUAAUGACCUGCAUUGUGAGCAGACAGCUAUGUCUGCGGCCGGAUGUGGAUAAUCACUGGGCACUCCGGGACUUUGCUGCCCGUCUAGUGGCCCAGAUAUGUAAGCAUUUCAGCACAACCACCAACAACAUCCAGUCCCGGAUCACCAAGACCUUUACCAAGAGCUGGGUAGAUGAGAAGACCCCAUGGACAACUCGAUAUGGUUCCAUUGCAGGCCUGGCAGAGCUGGGACAUGAUGUGAUUAAGACACUGAUUCUGCCAAGGUUGCAGCAGGAAGGGGAACGGAUCCGCAGUGUCCUGGAUGGGCCAGUACUGAGCAAUAUUGACCGUAUUGGAGCGGACCAUGUGCAGAGCCUACUCCUGAAACACUGUGCCCCAGUACUGGCAAAGCUGCGCCCUCCACCCGACAAUCAGGAUGCCUACCGAGGAGAAUUUGGGUCCCUGGGGCCCCUUCUCUGCUCCCAUGUGGUGAAGGCCAGGGCCCAGGCUGCUCUACAAGCUCAGCAGGUCAACAGGACCACACUCACCAUCACACAGCCUCGGCCCACACUGACCCUCUCACAGGCUCCUCAGCCAGGCCCUCGUACCCCUGGCUUAUUGAAGGUCCCUGGCUCCAUUGCCUUGCCUGUCCAGACACUGGUGUCUGCUAGAGCUGCUGCCCCUCCUCAGCCUUCUCCUCCUCCAACCAAGUUUAUCGUGAUGUCCUCAUCUUCCAGUGCCUCAUCAACACAGCAGGUCCUAUCCCUCAGCACCUCAGCCCCUGGCUCAGGCUCUACCACUACCUCUCCUGUCACCACCACAGUUCCCAGCGUUCAGCCCAUCGUGAAGCUGGUCUCCACUGCCACCACUGCACCCCCAAGCACAGCCCCUGCUGGUCCUGGCAAUGUUCAGAAAUACAUUGUGGUCUCCCUUCCCCCAACAGGGGAAGGUAAAGGAGGCCCCCCUUCUCAUCCUUCUCCAGUCCCUCCUCCAUCUUCUUCACCAUCCCCACUUGGGGGCAGUGCCCUCUGUGGGGGGAAGCAGGAAGCUGGGGACAGCCCCCCUCCAGCUCCAGGGACUCCAAAGGCUAAUGGCUCCCAGCCUACCGGACCUGGCUCCCCUCAACCUGCUCUGUGA